AUGCCAAGCUCCUCCCAGGGCCCGCAGAAUGACCCCUGGCCAGAGCCCUUCUCCCCUGCUUUUAGGCCUUGGCGCCACCCUCUGCCUGAGCUACUGCUGGAGAUCCAUGCCCCAGGCAGCGGAGGGGUGCUGCUCCCCAAGGAUGCGGGCAAACGUUUGGGGGAAGGCGGAUUAGAAGGUGCCCCAACACUAUGGUGUUUUGAGGGGCGGCUACAAACCAUCUUCCGAGUCCUACUGCAGUCCCAGCCUCCAGUCCCUUACUGGAGUGAAGUCCUCCAAACCCCAGAUAGAGGCCAGGUCCUGAUAGACUGAGCUGGCCUGCGCGGCAGCAGUCAGCACCCUGAUACUACCCAGCCCGUUGUGUUAUUACUUCCCAGCAUCACGGGCAGUAGCCAGGACUCCUCUAUCUCCCAUAGCCAAGCUCUGAGGGAUGGUUACAGAGCUGUUGUAUUUAGUAACUGGGGCUGCCGCGGGGAAGAACUGCUGACCCACAGGGUCUUUCCUGCCAGCAACACUGAAGGUCUGGAGAUAGUCGUGAACCACAUAAAGCACCGCUACUCCCGAGCUCCACUCCUGGCUGUGGGCAGCUCUCUUGGAGGGGUAUUAGUGCUGAACCACUGAGCCCGAACAGGGCAGGCUUCAGGGCUGGUGGUGGCACUAACUCUGUCUGCAUGCUGGGAUUCCUCUGAGACCACACGCUCCCUGGAGACUCCACUCAACUCACUGCUCUUCCAACAGUGCCUCACUGCUGAGCUCUGCCACACUGUGAACCGAAACAGAAAGGUGAUGGAAAAGGCGGUGAACGUAGACUUCGUGCUACAGGCCUGCACAAUCCGCCAGUUUGAUGAAUGCUACACCACUGUGGCCUUUGGCUAUCAAGACUGUGUUACCUACGACCAAGCAGCUAGCCUAAGAACCAAGGUAGAUGCCAUCCAGAUUGUGCUCUGCCUCAACAGAGCUGACGACCCCUUCUCCACCAUCUGCGCCCUUCCCAUACAGGCUGCCCAAAGCUCUCCCACGUCGCACUGCUACAUGACCCGCCUCUUACAUCAGUAUGCCAGAGCCGUCUUCCAGCACCCAUCGGACCUGCUCAACCUCGGGGACCUCUUACCUUCCAACAGAGGCAAGAGCUGA